AUGUCUCUCGCGGAAUUGACAAGCAAGUCAUAUGACUACAUCGUUGUUGGAGGUGGCACCGCGGGCUUGGUCAUCGCAGCUCGUCUCACAGAGGACCCCAAUGUUUCUGUAGCUAUUCUCGAAGCUGGCGGCAAUGGACUGAACGACCUCUUGAUCGAUGCGCCGAACAUGUUCACACAGCUCUGGGGCAAACCACAAUAUGAUUGGGAUUACAAGACUGUCCCUCAGGAGGGAACAGUCGGUCGGGUGCACGGCUGGGCACGAGGCAAAGUCCUCGGUGGAAGCUCGGCUAUCAAUUACAACAUGUUCAGUAUGGCCUCCAAGCAAGAUCUGGACAACUGGGCAGAGUUGGGCAACAAAGGCUGGUCCUUUGACGAUAUGAAGGCCUACUACAAGAAGUUCGAAACGUAUCACCCAGCAUCAGAGACCUUCGGAAAGGGCAUCGACAACAAAUACCUCGACAAAUCACUUCGUGGAACCACUGGGCCAAUUCAUAUCAGCUUCCCAGAAACAGAUGUAACCUGGGGUCAGGACGUUUGGCCGAAGACUGUAGUAAACGCUGGAUACUCACCCGCGAAGGACCCUCGUACCGGUUCGGCGAUUGGCGGCUUCAAUCAGCUCAACACUAUUGACCCCAAGCACAACAGACGAAGUUAUGCUGCAAGAGACUACUAUGAGCCCAACGCGGACAGGUCAAACCUGACUCUGGUCACCCAUGCGCUGGUCUCUAAAAUCGAGCUUGACAAGACCGCCGAGAGCGUCAAGGCCACCGGUGUUCAAUUCACCGUUGAUGGCACUACGCACACAAUGAAGGCGAGCAAAGAGGUCAUAGUCUGCGGCGGGGUUGUCAACUCUCCCCAGAUUCUAGAACUCUCCGGAAUCGGGUCAUCUACUGUACUUGAGAAGGCUGGUAUCGACGUCCUCGUUGAUCUUCCAGGCGUUGGGGAGAAUUUGUCCGAUCAUACAGCCACUGGCCUCGUGCUGGGUGUGAAAGAUGAAUACCCAACCGCCGAAGCUCUCGUCCAGAACCCAGCUGUCAUGCAGCAAGCCCUAGAAGCAUAUAUUACCCACAAAGCCGGUCCAUUUGCAGGAGCGCCCACAACAACAGGCUUCGCCUCUCUUGCAAAGAUUGAACCCGACUUUCCAAACGCAGAGUCGCACAUCCAAUCUCUCCUCGAAGACUUCCGCAGUAAGCAUCCCGAUGCCGAUCCUGCAGGUCGGGAUCCCCUCCUCGGUCGCCAGCUCCUCGAUCCCAAAGAAGCAGUUUGUCAAAUCGUCAUGCUACCCACAGGCGCGCAGAUGCAAAACCCAGAGUCAGCUGCCAAAUUAUUUCCAUCCGUGGAAGAGGGUAUGUGGUGCACAAUUGGCGUAUGCAGCACGCGCUCUCUGUCCCGUGGUACCAUUCACAUUAACAGCUCCGACCCAACUGCGCAUCCUAUAAUCGACCCAGCGUAUUUCUCUCAUCCCCUCGAUCUCGACAUGAUGGCCCGAGCGCUCCUUCAUUGCAUCUCUUUCACAUCCGUAGAGCCGCUUGCCUCAACCCUCCGCCGAGACACCGAUGGCAAUCUCAUCACGUCUAAAACCGCCGGCCCAGUGCCGAAAACACUGAAAGAAGCCAAGACCUUUGUGCAGAAUAGUACGGUGACGGAGUACCAUCCCGUUGGUACUUGUGCCAUGUUGCCGAAGGAGAAAGGCGGUGUUGUAGAUGCGGAGCUAAAAGUUCACGGCGUCGAGGGACUGAGGGUGGUGGAUGCUAGUAUCUUCCCGACCCAUGUACAAGGAAAUAUUGUCAGCUUGGUGUAUGCUGUUGCGGAGAAGGCGGCGGAUUUGAUCAAGGGUGUGGAUGGCAUGGAUGUUGUGGAAAGGAUAGACAGUCUGCGCGUUGACUAA